AUGUGCAAGUGCGACCUCUGCUGGUGCGACCUCUGCUGGUACGACCUCCGCUGGUGCGACCUCUGCUGGUGCACCCUCUGCUGGUGCGACCUCUGCUGGUACGACCUCUGCUGGUACGACCUCUGCUGGUGCGACCUCUGCUGGUGCGACCUCUGCUGGUGCGACCUCUGCUGGUACGACCUGCGCUGGUGCGACCUGCGCUGGUGCGACCUCUGCUGGUGCGACCUGCGCUGGUGCGACCUGCGCUGGUGCGACCUGCGCUGGUGCGACCUGCGCUGGUGCGACCUCUGCUGGUGCGACCUGCGCUGGUGCGACCUCCGCUGGUGCGACCUCCGCUAG